AUGGCGAAUGAGUCAACUGAAUUGACUGUCAUCGACGAUAUCCAAUCUAUCUACAAAAAAGGUCUAACACUUCAGCAGGAAGGGAGUUAUGAAAAAGCGCUAUUCUAUUACAAAGAAGCUGUUACUCAAAUCCAAUCGAUAUCCAAGAAUGAUGAUAAGCAUCAGCUUGAAUACGAUGUUAUUCUCGACAUUACUGAUUGCUAUUUAAAGCAGUACAAAUCGAAUGAAGCCGAUGAAUGGAAUUCAAAAGCAGAGAAACUAGCCGAGCAAUCACAAGACGAAGUGAAAAUUUCAAAGUGCUUAGAUAGGCAGGGGUGCAAUAAACGAUUGCAAGGCGAUUUGAAAGGAGCUUUAGAUGAUUUUAAGAAAUCGCUUGAAAUGAAAUUAAAAUGCUUAGAAAGUGAAGAUAUCAAUAUUAGUCAGUCAUACCUUAAUAUUGGCAAUGUCUAUGAUGAUCAAGGUAUGUAUAAUGACGCCCUAUCAAUGUAUAACAAAUCACUCCAGAUUCAACAAGUGCAACUUGGUGAAAAUCAUCCAAGCAUUGCUACAACGUAUAACAGUAUUGGAAAAGUCUAUUAUCAUCAAGGCAAGUAUGAUGACGCUCUAUUAAUAUUAGAUAAAUCAUCAAAGAUUCAAUUAGUACAACUUGGUGACAAUCAUCCCGAUGUUGCUAUAACUUAUAGCAGCAUUGGACAAGUCUAUCAUUAUCAAGGCAAGUAUGAAGAUGCUCUCUUAAUGUUGAAUAAAUCGCUGAGUAUUCGACAAACACAAUUUGGUGACAAUCAUCCAAGUAUUGCAAUAACAUAUAACAGCAUUGCAGCUGUCUAUCAUCAUCAAGGCAAGUAUAAUGAUGCUCUAUCAAUGUGUAACAAAUCACUCAAGAUUAGACGAGCACAAGUUGGUAAUAAUCAUCCUUACAUUGCUGCAACAUAUAACUGCAUUGGACAAAUCUAUAAUCAUCAAAGCAAGUAUGAUGAUGCUAUUUCAAUGUUAAAUAAAUCGCUGAGCAUCCAACUAGUACAACUUGGUGAUAAUCAUCCAAGUAUUGCUACAACAUAUAACAACAUUGCAAGUGCCUAUUAUCAUCAAGGUAAAUAUGGUAAGAGUCUAUCAACAUUGCAUAAAUCGCAGAAGAUUAUACAAGCUUAUCUUGAUGACGAUCAUCCUGAUAUUGCUGUAAUCAAUAACAAUGUGGCGCUUAUCUAUAAUCAGCAGGGCAAGUAUAAGGAUGCUCUAUUAAUAUUAAACAAAUCACUCAAGAUUCAACUAGCACAACUUGGUAACAAUCAUCCUGAUGUUGCUGCAUCAUAUAACAACAUUGCAAGUGUCUAUUGGAAUCAAGGCAAGUACGAUGAUGCUCUAUCAACGUAUAACAAAUCACUCGCAACUCAACAGGUACAACUUGGUGACGAUCAUCCCGAUGUUGCUGUAACAAGUAGUAACAUUGGACAAGUCUAUAGUAGUCAAGGCAAAUAUGAUGAAGCUCAUUCAAUAUUGACCAAAUCACUCAAAAUUCAACAAGCACAGCUUGAUGACGACCAUCCAAGUAUUGCAAUAACACGCAACAAUAUUGCAAGUGUCUAUCAGCAUGAAGGCAAGUAUGAUAAUGCUCUAUCGAUAUUAAACAAAUCAUUGAAGAUUCAACGAGCAAAACUUGGUGAUAAUCAUCCUGAUGUUGCUAAAACCUAUAGCAGCAUUGGACAAAUCUACGAUUAUCAAGGCAAAUAUGAAGAUGCUCUGUCAGCAUUGAAUAAAUCGCUGGAUAUUCGAAUAGCCCAAUUCGGUGACAAUCAUCCGAGUAUUGCUACAACAUAUACCAGCAUCGCAAGUGUCUAUUAUCAUCAAGGUAAAUAUGAUGAUGCUCUAUCGAUGCAUAACAUAUCACUUAAGAUUCAGGAAACACAACUUGGUGACAACCAUCCUGAUAUUGCUGCUACAUAUAAUAAUAUUGCUCGUGUCUAUGAUCAUCAAGGCAAUUAUAAAGAUGCUCUAUCAAUAUAUAACAAAUCGCUAAAGAUUAGACUAGCACAACUUGGUGAAAAUCAUCCAAGUAUUGCUACAACCUAUAACACUAUUGCACGUGUCUAUGAUCAUCAAGGCAAGUAUCAUGACGCUCUAUCAAUGUUUAAUAAAUCACUGAAGAUUCAACAAGUACAACUUAGUGACAAUCAUCCAAGUAUUGCUAAAACAUGCAACGCCAUUGCGCUUGUCUAUGAUCGUCAAGGCAAUUAUGACGAUGCUGUAUCAAUGUAUAAUAAAUCAUUAAAGAUCCAACUACCACUACUUAGUGAUAAUCAUCCUGAUGUUGCUGCAACAUACAGCAAUAUUGCAAGUGUCUAUGAUCAUCAAGGCAAGUAUGAUGACGCUCAAUCAAUGUAUAAUAAAUCACUUAAGAUUCAGCCAGUACAACCUGAUGAAAAUCGCCCAAGUAUUGCCACAACAUAUAACAACCUUGCAAGCUUCUAUAUCCAUCAAGGAAAGUAUGAGGAUGCUCUAUCCAUGUAUAAUAAAUCACUUAAUAUAAGGCUAGCACAACUUGGUGACAAGCAUCCCGAUGUUGCUAUAACAUAUAGCAACAUCGGACAAGUCUAUAGUCAUCAAGGCAAGUAUGAUGACGCUCUCUCAAUAUUGAAUAAAUCGCUCGAUAUUGAACUAACAAAACUAGGUGAAAAUCACCCUAGUGUUGCUGCAACAUAUUACUACAUUGGAGUUGUCUAUGAUCAUCAAGGCAAGUAUGAUGAUGCUCAAUCCAUGCAUAAUAAAUCGCUCAAGAUUAGACAAGCACAACUUGGUGAAAAUCAUCCCGAUGUUGCUACAACAUAUGGCAGCAUUGGACUAAUCUAUAAUCAUCAAGGCAAGUAUAAUGAGGCCCUGGCAAUGUAUAACAAAUCGCUGAAGAUUCAAUUGGAACAACUUGGUGACAAUCAUCCAAGUAUUGCUACAACAUAUAUUAAUAUUGCAAAUGUCUAUCAUCAUCAAGGCAAGUAUGAUGAUGCUUUGUCAAUGUGCACUAAAUCACAGAAGAACCGACCAGCAGCAAUUGAUGACAAUUAUCCUGAUAAUGCUAUGAUAUAUUUUAACAUUGGGCAAAUCUAUUAUAGUCAAGGUAAGUAUGAUGAUGCUCUUCCUAUGUAUAAUAAAUCGCUAAAUAUUCAACGUACACUACUUGGUGACAUUCAUGCAAAUAUUGCUACAACGUAUAACAACAUUGCCAGUGUCUAUUAUCAUCAAGGCAAGUAUAAUGAUGCUCUAUCAAUAUUGAAUAAAUCGCUUAAGAUUCAAAUAGUACAAAUUGGUGACAAUCAUCCUGAUGUUGCUUUAACAUAUAGCAGCAUCGGAAAAGUUUAUGAUUAUCAAGGCAAGUAUGAUGAUGCUCUGUCAAUAUUGAACAAAUCGCUGACUAUUCAACUGGCACAACUUGGUGAAAAUCAUCCUAGUACUGCUACAAUAUAUAACAACAUAGCGCUUGUCAAUGAUCAUCAAGGCAAGUAUGAUGAGGCCAUAUCAAUGUAUAAUAAAUCGCUCAAGAUUCAACUAGCUCAACUUGGUGACAACCAUCCAGGUAUUGCUAUAACACAUAACAACAUUGGGCAAGUCUAUAUCAAUCAAGGCAAGUAUAACGACGCUCUAUCAACAUUGAGCGGAUCGUUAAAAAUUGCACUAGCACAACUUGAUGACAACCAUCCAAAUAUUGCUACAAUCUAUAACAAUAUUGCAAGUGCCUAUAAUCAUCUAGGCAACUAUGAAGAAGCUCUAAGCAUGUUGAGCAAAUCGCUUAAGAUUGAGCCAGCACAACCUGGUGACGAUCAUCCAAAUAAUGCAGCAACAUAUAGCAAUAUGGCUAGUAUCUAUCAUCAUCAAGGCAAGUAUGACGACGCUCUUUCAAUGUAUAACAAAUCACUCAAAAUUCAACUAGCACAACUUGAUGACGAUCAUCCAAGUAUUGCAAAAAUACGCAACAAGAUUGCAAGUAUUUAUUAUCAUCAAGGUGAGUAUGAUGAGGCUCUAUUAAUAUUGAACAAAUCAUUGAAGAUUCAAUUAGUAAAACUUAAGCACAAUCAUCCCGAUGUUGCUAUAACUUAUAACACCAUGGGACAAAUCUACCAUUAUCAAGGCAAGCAUGAUGAUGCUCUGUCCUCGUUAAAUAAAUCGCUGAAUAUUCGACUAGAACAAUUUGGCAACAAUCAUCCAAGCAUUGCAACAACAUAUAACAAUAUUGCAAGCGUUUAUGAUUAUCAACGCAAAUAUGAUGAUGCUCUAUCAAUGUGUAACAAAGCACUCAAGAUUCAACAAGCACACUUUGUUAACAAUCAUCCUGAUAUUGCUACAACCUAUAGUAACAUUGGGCAUGUUUAUCAUGGGCAAGAGAAAUACACGGAUGCUCUAUCGAUGUAUAAGAAGUCAUUGACGGUUUUCUUAGCAACAUUAGGUGAGAAUCAUCCUAAUACUGCGCAAUGCUAUCGAAAUCAAGCCGUAGUCAAUCAUCACCAGUCGAAUUAUCCUCAAGCAAUUUCAUUCUAUCAAAAGUCUAUCAAAAUUCUACGCAAUCGCUAUGGAGAAAAUUACCCUCAAAUUGCAGAAGAUGAAAAACAAAUUACCCAAUGCCGCGAUCAAUUACAAGAAAAAGAGAGGGAGACUAAUCGAUCAGAAAUAGCUAACAUCAUCCAUCGAACUUUGCAACAAGAUAUAGUCAAUCAACCAGUCAUUCACUCCCAUUUCACAUCGUCUUCAGCAAUAGAAAAUGGACAAGAAAGUCAAAGUAGAAAACAAAAUAAUAGCAGCAAACAACGUUAUGUAGAUCUUAGUCUAAAUGACUAUGAAUCUGAAUCUGAAGAUAAAUCGACUAACAAAGAUAUCAAUAAAGGAAAAGGGGCAAUUGAAAAUUUUAAUGAAGCACCUGAUAACAUUCAUUUUGACAAACGUAAAGGGCCGAUUGAAUCAAAUUCGUUACAUGAUUGCACUUCUCGUAAAAAGAAAAGAAUAGCAAAUGCAUGCGAUGCCAAGGAACACUUUUUCGAAGUUGCAGAUAAAAUUGGUACUGAUUGGACAAGAUUAGCUACAAUUUUAGAUCCAUCCAUUGAUGUUGAUGUUAUCAGAAGUCAAGAGCAUCAAAUUUUCGAUCGAGCAAAGAAAGUUCUCGAUAAGUGGUAUCGAAAAACUUGUAUAAAUAAGACCAAUACCUAUGAUCAACUGACGGCAGCUUUGCAACGGAUAGAUCGGAAUGAUAUUAUUUCGGUUAUUAGCUCUACUUUAAGAUAA